AACAAUCGAAAACCACCAGAGAAUGUUGACAAGCGAUUCACUCUUGAUAUCCAUUAGUGCUCUUAUAAAAGCUCAAUACUCGCCGGCAUCGAGAUAAUGUGUUGGAUCAGAUGCUGAGUUGUUAAACCUCAAUGCCGUCCAUUGGCCCCACAGCGGACGAUCUGUUCCUUGGUGACGUCACUUGUUCCUGACAGGCAUCAAGGCACUUCACUUUAGACCGGACAACAACACUUUCCAAUGUGAUCGCGUCUUCCUCAACACCACAACAAAACUGAAAAAGAAAACGAGUAAAAACUUUGCAGAUUUCGCAGUUAGAAGAUUAAAUUACCCAAGAAACCAAGUCAGGACAAAAUCACAAAUGGCCUCCCGAACCCUCUUCACCCGCGCCACGGCCCUCCUCCGGGCCAGCGCCAGCGCCGCCGCCACGAACCAACCUGUUCAAACCGGAUCCAUCAUCUCCAUCUCCAUCACGAGAUCCACUCCUCCCCUCAUGUCCGGGUCAACCCGCGCCUACCACUCCACUCCCCUCCUCCAAACCGCCAAAGACUUCAAAUCCGACCGGACCACCCUCCGCCCAGCCAGCUCCGAAGGGACCGUCUCGGCCUCGGACGACGACGUGGCGCACCUCGACAAGACGGCCUUUGACCCCAACAAGACCUCGCCCAAGGAAGAGACCGAGUCAGCGGGCAAGGAGUCCAACGGCAACCCGCUGGAGACCAGUGGAGCCAACAGACAGUUCUCCAAGCCCCAGGGCGAUAAUCCUGCUGAGGGCGACAUGUCCAGGGGGGAGAAGACGACGGCUGGUGGGGGCAAGGAGAAGAAGAAGAGUGGUGGGCCGGCGGCGGGGAGUAAGAAGGGGGGGACGACGAACUAUCAUGGGAGUAAGGAGUAG